AUGUAUGCUUCACGUAACCAUUGGGCAAAGGCGUACUUGAAAGAUAUUUUUUUUGCUGGAAUGACUACAAGUGGCCGAAGUGAGAGCAUCAAUGCAUUUUUUGAUGGAUAUGUCAACUCCAACACAAUGUUAAAUGACUUUGUUACCCAGUAUGAUAAAGCAAUCAAGUCUAGAAGAGAUGCUGAAGAAGAUGAAGAUUUUAAAACUAGAAAUACAAAAGCAAAUUUGGAGAGUAAUCAUCCAAUUGAAACAAUAGCUGGAGAGCGCUACACAAGAAAACUGUUUGAAAUUUUUAAAAAAGAGUGGAGGUCUGCCACACAAGAUUACUUUCACAAAAAGGUGUCAAUAGAUGAGCAAAAUAUUAGGUACCGAGUAGGGUCUCACAAAGUUAAUAAAGAGUUGUGGGCAAUUGUUGAUUACAAUUUGAUAGAAAGUUCCAUUACUCAUUGUUCUUGUACAAAGUUUGAGACAAUAUUUUGUACAUCUUCAUGA